AUGCCACGAUACAGGUGAGUAGUUAUAUCUCGGGCUUAAUGGACCAUUAUAUGCGCAAAUAAUUCAUGAGUUAUGCAAAUUAAUUUGCAUAAUCGUUGACGUAUUUUCCGAAGGUUCUCCGAUGAUGAUAAAACAACGAGAGCUUUCCGAUAAUUAAUUUGCAUAAUCGAUGACGUAUUUUCCGAAGGUUCUCCGAUGAUGAUAAAACAACGAGAGCUUUCCUAUUAGUCGCCAUUUUGUUUCAAGAUGGCGGAAGGGUUAGAACCUUCUAUCAGGAGUUAGAACCUUCGAAUUUUGGUAGAAUUAUGGCUUACUUGACUUUAGUUUUGAAAGUUAGUGAUUUUUGUGAGCCUGAAAUUGUGCAAGAAGCCGUGGUGGAUAGCGCUAGCUUUUAAAUAAAACAAUCUUGGAUACAACGCUUAAUUGCAUGGUUACGCGACUAGUAACCUGGCGAAAUUUGAAUAUCACUAAUCCGGGUUGAAUAGCAAAAGUCAUUAACUGUCCUACAUGGCUGAACACAUUGUACUUUUACGACAUUAGAGAGGUUAAGAUACCCCGGUUUACGGGUACGAGUGAUAUACACGUACCCGUAAAUCGAGGAGCGACUUGUCACUUAAGAAAUCCAAGAUAUUCCAGCCUGAGAAAACCGAUCAGAAAAUGGCAACUUUCGAUGUUGAGGUUCUUCAUUGAUUGUUGAAAACUUUGACAAGUAUAUGUGCUGUAUUUAAUUGGGUAAGAUAUUGAAAAUUUGUACUAUUUGAACGGCCCACAAAUAGUAAACAGAAAACACCCGUGCCCGUCUGUCUUUACGUGUAGACAACGGUUUACCGCGGGGAAACGGCUUGAAAUUACGGGUAAAAAUGCUGACAUCAGCAAAAAUUGGUAAACAAAAUGGCGAUACUCGUACCCGUAAACCGGAACCGUGGUAUCUUAACCUGUCUAUUAUCAUUAAUGAUAAGGUUAAAGAUUAUCAUUAUAUAUAUAUAUAUAUAUAUAUAUAUAUAUAUAUAUAUAUAUAUAUAUAUAUAUAUAUAUAUAUAUAUAUAUAUAUAUAUAUAAAUAUAUUAUCUAAAUAUUCAAGAAUGUUUUCUCACUCAUUUACAUGCAAAUAUAGCUCUAAGCGAAUAUAGCUCUAAGCAUUUUGUCACUCAUUUAAAGCGAAUAUAGCUUAAAAACCAAUAACAAAGUGUGAACAAAAUAUAAGGAUAAUUGCUUUAAAUUGUACGCUGGGGGAGACGGAACUGAUGGCUCAUAUUAUAAUGAUAAAAUAAUAAUAAAUAAAAUCUUUAUUUAUACUGAUAAAAAAGACCGUUCAGUCAAUUACAUAGAUUGGCUGGUGAUCAGUGUAUAACAAGUAUAUAUACAAUAACAUAAGUGCGUAACAGUGCAUAAAUAAGGCUAUAUAAUGCAAAAUGUCUAAAAUUACAAACUACAAUUGUGCGUAACAGCAUCCAUGUUUAUCAAAUAUUCCAAAAAUUACUAAGAAUACUGUUGCUAGUUUCCAAACUUCGUCUUAUUAAUUGCUUAUUUGUAACAUUUAGAAAUUCUACCAAUGGAAUUUAUAAUUUGAAGUCAAUCAGUACAGGAGAACACUACGAUGUGUACUGUCACAUGAACGACACUGAAACAUGUGGAGGGGGAGGCUGGACACAAGUCAUGAAAUUGGACGGACAUAAGGUAAAGAAAAGAUUGCACGCUUGUUUUUUUUGUGAAAAAUAUAAUAAAUACCUAUUAUAGUAGCUAUGUACUGUAGGUAAUAUGAUGGUUUCGAGUGCAAUUAAUUUGGAUAAACACGCACUAUUUGUCCAAAUUUCACAACUAGAAACCAUCCUAUUACGUAUUAAUUAUAUAUACAUAUUUUGCAUUGUUGUUACAUAAUUCUGCACUGAUGUUUGAGAUUAUACUGCGUUGAAAUCAACCAAUCACAUGCAGUCGAGUAACAUUUUUAUGUAUAUUAUCAUUUAUCAACACAGAAAAUACAAAAUAUAUGUAGUAUAAGUAUCAUAAUAUAAUGUAUAUUGAGGAGAUAAUAUAUAUUUUGAACCUACAGAUUGAAGAGUGAUAAAAGCGAUUGAAUAAAGAAAAUAUAUAGUAUAAACUAGUGUAUUUUGCUUAUAUGAAUUUCAUGCUAAUGAGUAAUGAAUACAGUAGUAAUAAAUUAUAUCCUACGGUGGCAGGAUAUAUGUUUUAAAUAAUCUGUUAUUUGUGAAACAGAGUAGCUUCAAUCCGAAAAUGGAUUAUUCUAAAUAUGUACUUUGUUUUUGCCGCAGAAUACAUUUACUUAUGACUCUGCCCUUUGGAAAAACGAGGAGACAUACGCCAUACAAGAUGGACUGGAAGGAAUAUCAGAGAAAGAAAGCAAGUUGGCUUCAUAUUGGAACACUCCGUUUACAAAAAUUUGCCUGGGUAUGUCACACAAUGGAAAGAGAAAAUGGACGACAUUGAACUACGCCGCAAGUUCGCUGUACAGCGUGAUCGCAGACGGAAAAUUCAGGGCCACGACCGCUGGCAAGGCUACAUGGAAAUCCCUCAUCGCAGGCUCAUCGCUACAAUACAACUGCAAGAGAGAGGGGUUUAAUGUAAAGUUCAAUGGUAAUGCUGUCGUGCGAAUUGGAAUCGUUGCUAAUAAUGAGGGCAACUGUAAUACAUGCGAUUCAUGGCUUGGCUUUAGCAUCGCAUAUGUUAAUGAUGGUGGAAAAUGGACCAAUAAAAUG